AUGAAGGCGUUGAUUUUGAUAGGUGGAUUUGGGAUGAGACUUAAACCACUAACUCUUACUGUCCCUAAGCCUUUAGUUGAGUUUGCUAAUAAACCUAUAUUAUGUUAUCAAAUAGAAGCACUAGUAAAAAUUGGAGUGACUGAGAUUAUUCUAUGUAUUAACUAUCAGCCUGAAGUGAUGGCCUAGCAAGUUAGGGAAUAUGAAGACAGAUAUAAUGUGAAGAUUACUUAAAUUCAGGAAGAAGAACCACUAGGAACAGCUGGUCCAAUCAAACAUGCAAGAGAAUAGUUGCUUAAAGAUGCGACUCAUCCUUUUUUCUUCGUAAUGAAUUCUGACAUAGUUUGCGAAUUCAAUCUCGACCAGUUGCUAGAGUUCCACAUCUCACAUGGAAAAGAAGCAUCUAUGUAUAUGACGACAGCUGAAGAUCCUUCCAAAUAUGGAGUCAUAGUUGCUGAUGAAAAUGGAAGAGUCUCCAAAUUUGUUGAGAAGCCUAAAGAAUUUGUAGGAAGUAAAGUUAAUGCAGGCCUCUACAUUAUAAAUAAUUCUCUUUUGGAUUAACUACCCAAGAGGCCUUGUAUGCUUGAGACCGAUAUAUUUCCCAAGCUGGCUGAAGAUGGCUCUCUUUAUGUAAUUAAUCUGAAAGGAUUUUGGAUGGAUGUUGGCCAACCCAAGGACUUUAUGAAUGGAACAAAACUCUACCUAUAAUAUCUGAAGGAUCAGGGUAGUGAAGAUCUUGCUCGAGGUGAUAAUAUUAUUGGGAAUGUACUCAUUCAUCCUUCAGCCAGAGUUGAUCCAUCCAGUGUCAUUGGUCCCAAUGUUGUUAUAGGAGAAGAUUGUGUGGUAUGGAAUGGAGUAAGAAUAUCCGAGUCAACUAUUUUUGGGAAAACUUAGAUUAAAGGGCAUGCUUUCAUCAGAAAUUCUUUAAUUGGUUGGUAAAGCAUUAUUGGUCAAUGGGUUCGUAUUGAGGGCGUGAGUGUCGUGGCUGAAGAUGUUUAAAUCAAAGAUGUAGUCUUCAUCAAUGAAAGCUUUAUUUUACCUCACAAGAAUAUCACUAGUAGCAUCCCCAAUCCGAGUACUAUCGUAAUGUGA